GGCCCGAAGAUGCUGCCCGUGCUGCACGAGUCCCUGGAUGGCGACGACAGCAACGACGACAGCGGCCCCUCCGAGCCGACCCCGACCCCGCCCGCCAGCUCCUACUGUCUGUACGCUUAUCACAGCACCAGGUCAACCCACCAGCGAGGUGACAGUGAUGACGGAAGUCCAAGCAGCUCAACAACAGAAACUCCCGCUGCCGAAGAUUUCAGUCUCUCUUUGGUGGACACGAACUUAUCAUCCGAAGUAGAGAUGGAACUGCGCAGUUUCGUUGCUAAACGUCUGAAUAAAGGAGCGCUCUUUGAAGGUCUGGGUAAUGUUGCUUCAGUGGAAUUGAGUCUUCCAGACUACAGAGUUGGUUGUUACUACUGCCUUUUCCAACAAGAAAAGUCAUUCCCUGAACCCGCAGCAGAUGAUCCUGGCCUGAACGCUCCGGAGUAUGCGGUCUGUUUCUUAGGUGGCUCUGAAAAGGGGCUUGAACUCUUCAGGCUUGAGUUGGACAAGUAUGUUCAAGACCUCAAGAUGAAUUUUGAUUGCAAGGAAAGCAGUUUGGAGCCCAGCAUCAAAUCCUACCUGAGCAACUGGUUUGAGGAUGUCGUGUGCCCAAUCCAGAGGGUGGUGCUUCUCUUUCAGGAGAAGCUUGUAUUUCUCUUACAUGCUGCUUUGAGUUAUACUCCCGUCGAAGUUAAAGCAUCAGAUGAGAAAAUCAAACGAGACAUCAAUAGGUUUCUCAGCGUGGCCAGCCUGCAGGGGCUCGUCCAUGAAGGGACAAUGACCUCCUUAUGCAUGGCUAUGACAGAGGAACAGCACCGGGCUGUGCUGAUAGACUGUAGCGGGCCACAGCCCCGGGUGCAAAACGCAGGAAGCAACAAGUUUUGCGAGGACUGGUUGCAGCCCUUCCUGAACGGGGCCGAGGGUGGCCAUCCAUUUCUCUUCCGACAGCUGCUAGAGAAUUUUAAGCUGAAGGCAAUCCAGGACACAAACAAUCUGAAGCGAUUUAUCCGCCAGGCAGAAAUGAAUCAUUACGCCCUAUUUAAGUGUUACAUGUUUCUGAAGAACUGUGGCUGUGGAGACGUGCUGCUGAAGAUCGUCAAGGUGGAACACGCAGAAAUGCCAGAAGCCAAAAAUGUGAUAUUGGUCCUUGAGGAAUUCAUGAGAGAAGUAGCAACGGCCCAACGUUUUUAAUCAUUUUCUUCUUAGGAAGUGAGGUCCGAGUAUUGAACAUUCAUGCACUAGUAGUUAGUGGUUGGAAGUUGCUACUGUGAUCAUCAUUCGUGCUAAUUUAAGAGAUUUAGAUUACUUCAGAAUAAGAUGAGACUCUGGGUUUGGGGGGGGAGCUUUUUACAUUUUUAAAAUUUAAUUAUAGGGAGAAAAAGUGUAAUGAAAUGGGGGCUUGAUAGCCAAAAAGGUAUGACAAUGCUCUCCCUGGGUGUUUCCUGCCCAAGUUAUCAAGAAUUUUAGGGCUAAAUGGAAGAGAUAUGAAGACAAAACCUCAACUGCCACCCCAAAUCUUAUAUUUAUUUUCCCUCAGUUCCCUCUUUCAGUGGUCAAUAACCCACCCCGCAGUAAAUUUUGAUGAGUCUUUCUUGGCAACCAUCGGGUUUACCAUAGCUUUUGUUGCCACUUAAAAAAUGAACAAAACAAAAAGUUUCAAUCUCAGAUUUUAGGCCGAUUUUACUCCCCCAAAUGUAAUCCCCAAACCAAUCUGUAAAUAUAUCACAUCAUAAAAGCUAUGCACUCUGUGGGUGCUUGAUACAUGUUUUUAACGAUAACAAUCCCCCUCUUGUGCUGAUCUGCAAAUCAGUCUUGGAUUUGCAACAGAUAAAUCAUCUUUAAAAGUGUGCGCCAGCUAAAAAAAAACACAAUCCCAGUUCCGCCCUUUUUAAAGCAGGUUUUUUCCAGAGUUGAAAUCAAAAUGCUUGACGAACGGAUAAAUGUUCAAAGAAGGAUCAAAGUAGCAAGCGAAGAAUAUAAUGGGAAGAUUUCAAGAGGGCUUCUUAAUUGAAUCAUAUUUGGUGCAUGACCUUUUGAGUUUAUUCAUGCAUCACUUUCUCAGAUCACUGUAGUCUGAAUCAAUUGGCAGGACUGAGCACUGCCCUCAGAUGAUCACAUGCUACUCUCCCUGAAGCCAAAAUUAGAUGCAUGAACUGUACUCUGAAGUAUACUGUGUCACGGGCACAGAGGCGCUUAGUAAAUCCUAUUGGAUGACAGUGAUGACAAUGAUGACUUCAUUUAGAUAAUAGGAUAUAUGAGACCUAAGUUUCCAUUGCCCUAGCAGUUCACUAAAGAACAGAGGCAGCACGUAGAGCUAAGGAAUUGCCUUUCAAACAGCCAUAGUCACACUAUGGUUUUUCAAAACGAUUGAUUCAUGUCAUUCCUUUAUUUGCCCCUCCCAAAAAGUUAAGGAAAAGGACAGUCUAUAUUUAUUGCAAGUGAUUUUUUUUUUAAUUUAAUGACCAGUAGUUCUACACUAGAGAGGGAGCGUGUUGUUCAUGUGACAAACAUUCGCUUAAAUUUAAAUCUGUAAUUAUGUUUACAAUAAAAAGGUGCUCUGGCUUU